AUGUUGACCCUGAGUGACACCAUCAAGAUUCGCAUCGGGCGCCGUGGAGAAGUCAGGAGUGUGUCGAUACAGGUGACCGACGUCCCGGGAUAUCCUCCCGUGUAUAACGAGACGUGUGAAACUCCGAUCAACCCCACCGGUAAGGACUCUGGAGAAUUUCUGUUCAGAUUUGAUGGAAGUGUGGAAGCCGAAACAGAAACUGGAGAGGUGUUUGCGGCCAGAACGACAUUAAGCAAGCCUCUUGAAAGGUGGGAUUCUCUGACGCCAUUUUUCGAGGCAGAAGCCAGCAAUUGCCGGUUUCAGCAUAUACGGGUUCUUCGUAACCUGAAUGAUUUAGUAGCUGCAGAACAACUGUGGUUUGGCAAUGCACGUAACCUUUCUUGUCGUGCAGACGUCAGCAAUGCCGAAUUUUCUUUCCACUUGUUCAAUGAAGAACCUACGGAUGGCUAUCUCAACUUUAUGUACAUGACAACUUUGAUAUUUCCAACAAAGAGUACAAUACGGUUUGUUUGCCAAGUCCCGCCAUUAGGAAAACCAGUCAGAAUAGGUACACCCCCCAACCCAACAAAAAUUGUACACGUACAGUCGCUAAACAUAGCAGUCCAUCCGCAAGGCUGUCCUGUUGGAAAGUAUGGGGUAUUCUGUUUAAAGAACUGCACAUGUAAGAACGGCGCACGCUGCCACGGGUUUAAUGGGGCGUGUAAAUGUCAACACGGCUGGCAAGGUGUAGCCUGUGAUAUUCCUAAACCUGACAUUGCCGCAACAACGACACCUAGCGAUUCAGCGGCCAUUUACAUUUCCUCAAACGUGACGAUUCACUGCCGUGUGUACCACAUGAUCAUCGAUGUCGAAACUUUGACGUUGCGGUUUCCAAAUGAAUCUGAGAUCAUGAGUGAAGGUGUAAAUCAAUUAGACAUAAAGGUUUUCAACGCACAGUUACACGACGAAGGGCCCUAUACAUGUCAGGCUCGAGACAAGGACGGAAAGGUCUUCAAUACAAAAAUUGUGUUAAACAUCAUCUGUCCAUCAAAUAGAAAAGGCGAACUCUGUGAUGAAGUGUGUGAUUGCCUACAUGGUGCCAGUUGUGACCGGUGGGCUGGUUGUGUGUGUCCACCGGGAUGGACGGGAACCAGGUGUCAGACACAAUGUCCGGAGGGCACGUACGGUAAAGAAUGUACACAGACCCGUGGCUGCCAAAAUGGAGCGAGUUGUAGCCCAAGCGACGGCAGGUGUAACUGCACGGCCGGCUGGUACGGAUCGAACUGCGACGGAGCCUGUCCCCAAAGCAGGUACGGUUGGCGGUGCCGGCAGGUUUGCAGCUGUAAGAACAACGCCACCUGUCACCACGUGGACGGCAGCUGUGCGUGUGUGCCACCGUGGGGAGGGAGGAACUGUGAUAGAUUGCAAGUCUCUCAACCUACAUUGCUAAUUGAAAUCCUUGUUCCUCUGAGCUCCAUACUCCUAGUUGUUUCCGUAGCACUAAUAGUGCUAUGCAAGACGUGCGACGUCAUAAAACGCGACGCACACGAAGCCGAAGUUCUCCGUGAGCUCAGGCGUAUGGAGGAGGAUCUAGCACAGAGGCUACAGCCGGGCUGGCUCAGACGUUGGAAGAAGAAAAUCAGUCAUCUUACUCCUGGUGACCUGAUAGGGGAAGGAAUGUUUGGGCGGGUGAUACAAGCGCAGCUUCGCACACCUGAAGGUGAUAUCCCCGUGGCCGCCAAGACUGUCCGUGCGGAAGAUCCACAGACCUACCGUGACUUUUACCGAGAAGCCGCCAUCCUAAUUGUCGUACAUGAAGAGAAAGACCACGAUGUUCGAAAUUCAAACAUUGUCCAGCUCUUAGGGAUGAUCACCACCUUUAAAGAAAAGUAUAUUCUUCUGGAGUAUUCACCAAAAGGAGACCUCUUGUGGAUCCUUCGGCAGUUUAGAGAGGGCGAUGGGGACGACCAGGCUGCCCUUCUUGAUCGUUUUCUACGAUACGCAGUGCACGUGACACGAGCGCUAGGAGAACUGGAACGUCUGCGCAUCGUACAUCGUGACGUGGCCGCUCGGAACGUCCUGAUCACGGUGGACGAUGUGGCCAAGCUAGCCGACUUCGGCCUGGCACGAGACGUGUACACCACCGCUGAUUACGUCUCUACGACUCAAGACGGAUGUCACAAACUCCUUCCGCUGAAGUGGAUGGCGCUGGAGUCCAUCGAGACCAGCGAGUACACCUGUCAGAGUGAUGUCUGGUCCUUCGGCGUGCUGCUGUGGGAGAUCGCCACGCUGGGGAAAGAUCCGUGCUACGAUGGCAGGAUUCAGCUUAGCUUUCUACAGAUGGUAGGGAUUCUGAGGCAAGGAAUACGGAUGGAGAGGCCACCGAGAUGUCCAGAGGAUCUGUACCGACUGAUGAGGUCGUGUUGGCGCGACGUUCCAGCUACAAGACCGACUCCAGAAGGGAUAGAAAAGAGGCUGCUGCAACUGUUGCGUCAUAACAUUAUUGAAAUGGAGACUGUCCUUUAGAUGUGUCGCACACUUUGCACACGAAAGAUUUGUGCGCACAGAUUUACAAGCUAUCAUAUACUUACAAGCGCGAACGGUUGAUCAUUCCUUGCCCUUGACCUGUUACGUAAAGAAAAUGUAAUAUUUAGAAAGUUUCCAUCUUUGUGAGAUCCUG